AUGGAGAAUAGUAAAGAUUUCGACGUGAAUUUCAUAGAUAUUUCAUUAGAUGAUUUGCGCGACAUUGACUUACUAGAAGCUAGUAUUUUUGAUGAAGUUGCUAGAAAAAAUGAUUUGAGUGAAAAUGAAGAAUCAGAGAUUGAAGAUUAUAAUAUCUAUCCUUCAAAAAAACGCAGACGUAUGUUUAUUCCUAGUGAAUCUGAGAGUGAAAUUGAUGACGUGGAAAAAAUUGUGAAUGAGAAUAUUGAUAGAUUAUCAGCGAGUACGUCACAAAAAUGGCUUCAACCAAAAGGACAUCAACCAUCUGUUAUAGCAUUCAAAGAAGUAACAGGUAUGAGACAACCAUUUGCUUCGCAAUUUCGAAAUGCUGCUCCAGGACAAUAUUUUAGCUUGAUGGUUCCGGAUGAAAUUUUCGAAGAAAUAGCUAUUCAAACCAAUUUAUUUGCAGAACAACAAGGACCAAGUGAAAAGCCUUCGUCUCGCUCAAAUCAAUGGAAAGCAACCACAAAAGAUGAAAUAAAACGGUUCUUCGGAUUAAUUUUGUAUAUGGGACUUGUUAAAGUUCCUAAAAUAAACCUUUAUUGGAGUACUGACAGGGUUUUUGGGCAAACUUUUGCUGCAUCUGUUAUGAGCCGUAACAGAUUUGAAUUAUUAUUGCAGAAACUGCACUUUACGAAUAAUGAUACGGCUGAUGUGUCUGACAGGAUCUACAAAAUCCGACCUCUUUUAGAUAGUUUAAACAAAACUUUUAAAAAUAUAUAUGCACCUAAGGAAGAUAUCUGUAUUGAUGAAAGCCAAGUGCCUUUCAGAGGUCGCAUCAUUUUCAGACAAUAUAACAAAAGCAAGAGGCACAAAUAUGGUAUGAAGUUAUUUAAACUCUGUACAUUACCAGGAUAUACAUGCAAAUUGGAACUGUAUGCUGGCAAAAAUAAUGAACUAGUGAAUACCACACCUACAAGAGUGGUAAUGUCUCUUUGUGAGCACAUACUGGGCUGUGGUCACACACUUGCAACAGACAAUUGGUAUACAAGCUUGGAGCUGGCCAAUGAACUACUUGAUAAGGACACUCAUUUGGUGGGUACUUUGAGGAAAAAUAGAAGAGGUUUACCGAAAGUCGUAGUAGACUCCAAAUUAAAACCUGGUGAAGUAAUAGCUAGAGAGAACGAACGAGGAAUAUGCGUAUUGAAGUGGAAGGACAAAAGAGAUGUGCUGAUGUUAUCCACGAAACAUUCUAAAGGGUUUUCUAAAAUAAUUAAAAAGGGUAAAAUAAUUCGCAAACCAAGAAUGGUUUUAGCCUACAACAAAACAAAAAGCGCAGUUGAUAUGAGCGAUCAAAUGGCCGCAUAUUCCUCGCCAUUACGUAAAACUGUUAAAUGGUAUAAAAAAUUAGGAAUAGAACUUAUAUUGAAUACAGCUAUUGUUAAUGCAUGGGUUAUGUAUAACGAAAAUAAAAAAAAAAGUGAAAGUAUUGUACAGUUUAGAAGAGAGUUAGUGGAGUAUUUAGUUGAUGCAGGAAAGGACAAGACCACAGAAUCCGAAAGAAUAGAUAGACCAAGAAGACUGAAACAUCAAUUAUUGAAAAAAGAGGGUAAUGAAGAAAAACAAGAAAAGGAUGGGCCAGGUUUAGAAACUGAUCCUGCACACUGA